AGAAGAGUGCUGUAAUCGUGGUGGUGGUGAGAAUUGGGAAUUUUGCAGAGCCGUUAAACCCUAAGAACGGAGAAGAAAACCCUAGACCGGCGAAGAAGAUUCAAUCAGAUUCUCAUGUCGGAUAAUAAUAAUAAAGACCGGGAUUCCGAUUCCGAUGCACCUGAAGAAUUCACCCAGGAGCAGGCGAAGCUUGAGGAUGCAGCGUUGAGGAAGAUACAGAGAGAGAACAAGGCUAGGAUUUCUCGUGAAAAGAAAGAGAGGCGCAAGCAUAUGGCAGAGCAAAUAACGCCUCGAAAAUCUAAAAAGAUUGAAACAGUAGAAGAUGUUGUAGAAGAAGAAGAAGCAGAAGAACCUGAGGAUAACUCUGAAGCUCUUGCAAAGAAGGGAUUCCUUUCCAAAGACAUCAUCGACUUUCUUGCUGAACGAGAAAAACAAAAAGCUGGGUCGGAUUCUGAAGAAGAGGAGAUCAUAGACGAAGCCCCAAGAAAGAAAAAGCAAAAAAGCUCAGGGGUCGAAACGGUUAUUUACAAAGAUAUUCCGCCACCGGAAUGCUUGAAAAGUGGGCUAGAUUUCUUGAAGAUGAGGAGAGCGCAAGUCCCAAGAUCGUCUUCAGUUCUCAAGAACUCUGGCCAAGCUCUCCGACUUGCCACUGGUGCUGCUUCCGCCAAGAAGCAGCGACAGAGGAAAUGAAACUUAAGAUGUAAAAUUCCAUAACAUUUUUGUUUUAGUUAGCCUUUUUGGCUACUCCUACUACUGCUGCUACAUGUAUCAGAUGUUUUAUUUGUUACUAAUAUUUGCUCAAACACUCUCAAUACAAUUCGCUUCGUU